UGUGAAAGCGAAACAGUGACUCUUAUUGGGCUCACAUACUGAGGACGACUUCAACAGCGGCAUAAGAAACGAAAGAAGAUGAAGCCUCUGGUAGUUUCCUCACAGCUUGGGAACAGCAGCAAUGACUCUGGAUCAUGCCUGGCAGAGAACCAACCUGUGUCCAUCACCACCCUCCUGUGCCUGGUAUUCUUCCUGGGCUUCGUCCUCAACAGCUUCAGCCUCUGGGUGUUCUGCUGCCGGUUGCCCAACUGGAGCACUGGAACCACACUGCAGUUCCACCUGGCCCUCAGCGACGCCAUCGCCACCCCGGUCACUCCCAUGAUGGCGGUCUACUUUGCCAUGGGCAACGACUGGCCUUUUGGUCGGUUCUUGUGCCAAGUCAAGAUUGCACUUCUUAGUUCACAUUUCUACGGCAGCACCAUAUUCCUCACUCUCAUCAGCAUCCAUCGAUACACAGCGGUGGUGCAUUUCAACAGAAGCUCCUGCAUGAAACAGAGGAGCUUCAUCAGGAAGCUGUGUGCAGGAGUUUGGUCUCUGCUGCUGAUCCAGUCUCUGAUCUACGCCAUCAUGCUCCCUCCAACUAAAGAGGGCAAAAACAGUCAGUGCCUCACUAUCCAUCAGAAGAACCUGACAAACGCCUACUUUGUCAUUAACUUUAUCCUGUUCAUCUUUGGGUUUCUACUCCCUUUCCUUGUGUCAGCUGUUUGCUAUACCCGUCUGGCGAGCACUUUAACUCGCCUCAAUAUUAGCACAGCUAAAGGUCUCAAAGUCAAGGUGAAGUCUCAGAGGAUGAUAGGCAUGUGCCUGCUGAUAUUUGGGCUGUGCUUCCUGCCUCUGAACGUGGUACGAACUGUGGGAGUGGUACUGAAAAAAUACUACCCAGGACGCUGCCACGCUCUCACUCAGGUUGAGACAGCGUAUUAUGCAUCCUGGAUUUUAGCAGGAGUGAACAGCUGCCUGGAUCCACUGCUGUACUGUUUUGGGUCGCAAAAUUUCCGAGAUGCAUUCCAAUCUCUCAGGAUUGGGCAGAGAGAAAGUCCAAAUAGAAGUGAUUCAGAAAUGACUGCAAAUCAGUAACAUGAAGUCAUGACUGAUACUAGAGGCCCAGGAUUAAGUGUUAACUCUGCCUUAAGAAAACUAUACAAACAUUCUUGGUUGGUUUACAGUUGGAGGACUUGUGAAGAAGAUUUCUUGACAGGGUUUUACAGACUGACACCCUCAAUUUGACCAGUUCAGUAUGUUGUAGCAUUUCCUACCAUUGAUACCUGUCUCUUAUUUAUUUGCUCAAUAUUUCUUCAUCUUAUCAGAUCAGAUCAGAAAUACUUUAUUAAUCCCUGCAGGGAAAUUGUGUAAGGGUCACAAUAUUUCUGGAUAGGUACCUGAAACAUUUCUCAUAUCCACUUUUAAUAGAAAAUACAUUUUGGGAAAUAUGCUUUAUGAUGAGAAUUAAAUGAAAAGGUUGAUAUCCCUUUCUUAUCUUACCAAAGGUAACAAAAUCCACCUCUAAAGCUCACUAAUUAACAUGUUAUAUCUCGUUUGUUUAAUCCAACAUUUACUUUUCCCAUCUCAAGAAGGAAAGCGUUGAAUUAUUUCUUUAAAGUGAAUGUAUGUAAUGUAUAUAUGCAAUUUGUUUUUUAGUUUUUCCAAGCUGAAUCACCCACAGUUCUAAGAUGGCUUUCAUUUACCCAUUCAAAUAUCAACUACUGACUGUAGGCUGUAGGGUUUGAAGUGCGACAGAGCACAGAUCAGAUUCAUAACCUGAUCCAUGUGUAUGGAUGGCUUAUGAGCCAAUUGUCCCCUGGGCACAGGCGCAUAAAAGUCUUAUUCUCUGAAGGCCGUGUAUUUGCUUUGCUAAUUUUAACUGAGGCUUAUGGCGCCGUUAAUGUACAAUGUAAAGCUGUAUUAUGUGGCAAAAAAUAAAUUCAAGUAUAAUCACAAA